AUGAAAAUCAAAACCCAAUUAGGCAACUCUCCGACAAUACUAACUAAUACGGUAAUUGGAUUAGGCAUUUAUUUAUCUGAGUCCUCAAAUGAGUCUAUGUCCCGAUGGGUCAAAUUCGAAUAUAUCUAUCUGAUCAAGGUUCAAUAUUUCCUUCUCGUUGAUGCAAGUUUGAAAGACCUCAUUACAUCUGUUGUUGAUAUCCCAAGCUCUUCAAUCAAGAGCUCCCAUCUAUACUUUAGCCCAAAGCCAUUCUCUCAUGACACUGUACCAUCCAAACUACAUACUAGCGAGGUCGAUCUGUUCUUGAGUUCAAGGGACGCCCGUUCUGCUCUGGUCAAAUACAAGGACGUGCCAAUUACCACUGCCAGCACAUCCGGCUGCGGUGGCUAA